GAGAGAGAGACGGGGAGACCUCUGAAAACCACCCGCCCCAUUGGCGAUGCGAUAGUCCCCUUCCACCUCCACCACCGCCCGCCCCCCGCCCCCUCGGGGCCGCCGCCGUCGCCGCUGCCCCCUCCGUCCUCGCCGGGGCAUCGCGCGCCGCUGUCUCCGCCCCGCCCCCGCCGGAAAGUUCGAGUCUUUGGCUGGCCGGCCGUCCGGCCGUCCGCCCCCUCUGACUGAUUGAUUGAGAUCCGCUCCCGGAGCCGCGGAAUCGCGCAUGAUCUAGCAAUGGAGCCGUCGGAUCUGAACACGCACCUGCCGCCGCGGAAGCGGCUGCUGGCGGGGCUCCGGACGGCGGCCGCGGCCUCCCCCUGCGACGCCGCCGAGCCCGAGCCCGCGCCCGUGCCGCCCCUGCUCCUCCCCGACGGCCUCGCGGCCCGCCUCCGCGCCAUGCCGCCGGCCAGCACGCAGCAGGAGAUCAUCCAGGCCGCCCAGCGCGCGGCCGACGCUGCCGCCGCCGCCGCCGCCGCCGCCCGGGCGGCUGCCGUCGACAAGGCGGCCGUGGCCGCCAGGGCUAGGGCUGCGGCCAGGGCUGCCAUGGAGUUCCUCGACUCCCUCUGCAUCGCUGGCGCGUCCAGAAAUGGGAUCCAGCUGCUCAAACCGAAAUCCAAGAAGAAACAUGUGCAGGUCAAGCUCCUGUACAGGCCGCCAUCGGCCAAUGGCCGGGCGAUCGAGGGGGCAGAGGAGGCUGUUGGUGGUGAUGUCACUCCCAGGCCACAUCGUCGGCGCAGGGAGAGCGACGAGGAGGUCGCUCGCAAGCUGCACCGCGUGAUGAACAGCUCGCCCCGGAUUUCCUUCACCGGACCCAAGAGACCCCACAGUAUCGCCGAUGGGAAAGAUGGGGGGUUCCAUAGUGAUGGGGGUGGGGGUGAUGCUUGCAAUGGUUCCUUGACGCACACGCCAACUGAGGUUAGUUUCGUUAACGGAGGAAGCUCUGUAGGGAAAUCCGGCGAGAGAGCUAUUCACUCCUCCAAGACUAGGGCUCCGGACGACGACGGUGAACAGUAUCCUUGGAACACUGCAAAGGGCAGCAGGCACAUUGUUAAUAAUGGAGAUGGGAUUGGAAACCUAAGCGCUGGUCGGAAAGUGAAGAUCAAGAGGAAGCAGCUGUUUUUGAACCACCAUUCUAACGGUGAACAGAGAGAAGAGCAUAAUCAAGAAACAGAGCAAUCCAGAGACCCUCCUGUGGGAGGAUACUGCAAUGAGCUCAAGUCCAAUGACGCAGAAAAGCAACCUGGUUUCGCAGACGACGCAAGGGCAGCAGCACCUGGUGGUGGUGAUGAUCCCGCGCCGACCAAGAUCACGUCCGUGUGGAAGUUCAAGAAGUUCAAACCGGCGGCGUCGUCGCACUGCUCCUCCGACAGCAAGAUGUUGUGUUCCUCGAGCUCAGCGGCUGAAACCUCUGCUUCCGUGAAGGCCGAUUGAUUAGUGAGAGGGAGUACAUAUAAUGGUUCUGAUCUCCUCAGGUGACGACACAUUAAGCCAACAGGACUCAACACCAUGUUCUGCAGAUUAACAUGGAUGAAAUUACAAGAUAAAUACUCUGUAGCGGCAGGCUUGAUAUCCUGGGCAAUGGCACUUAUAUUUUUGCACCUUGAUUAUCAGCCUCAGGCGGUUGAAGGCUAUCCGCAACGUCUGAAAUUCUGCUUUGUUGGCAAAGAUGAGGGCCUGCCGGACAGCGUGAGCUUCAGCCAUUUCUGGGCUUUGGAUAUGAUCAAACAAACAUCGAUUUGCUGCCAGUAACACCCCCUGAUGAUCGCACACCACAACGCCACAGCCUGCUCAUCCUGAUCAUCGAUGUCGAUCGUAACAGGCCAUCGGGCGGCGGAGACCAUUUCUGAAUUGGCGUCUGGUGUCUCACAUCUGUUGUUGGAGCCUGUCGAGCUGACAUUAUGUAGAGUAAUGAAAUCAAUAUAAGCCUUGAUUUUCCCUGACCACACGAAGAGGAUGAGGCAGCGCCUUGGCAUUGCGAGAACAUUCUCUGUUCUCCCAUACAUGGCACAUAGCAACUGCCGCAGACAUGGAACGGACAGCCCAAACUUCAGUUGUCCAGUCCAGCAACCAUAUCUUGUGGCAUAUUCCAGCAACCAUAUCUUCAGUUCAGUAUGAGUGAAAUUAUUGAGCUUUAGGCAGAUUC